GCAGCAGCAUCACAGCAUCCUGGAUCCUCCCCUGGAAACUGGAGGAGCAUCUUCUCCCUCUGACGUCAUGACAGCAGCAUCAGCUGUGCGCUCCGCUUUAAGCCCCUUUUCGCUGCCGCUCGCUUCCCGGAGAACGGAAAUAUAUGAAAUUCCCUCUCAUCCCUGAAAUGGCGACACAGGAGGUACAACCCAACGAGACUCUUGCCAAUCUCAAAACAGAGUCCGAGACGCUGAAGACGAAGCUUGAGGAGGAAAGAGCGAAGCUGCACGAUGUCGAGCUACAUCAGGUGGCCGAGAAGGUGGAGGGACUGGGCCAGUUUGUUAUGAAGACCAGGAGAACGCUAAAGGGACAUGGCAACAAAGUUCUCUGCAUGGACUGGUGUAAGGACAAAAGGAGGAUCGUAAGCUCCUCACAGGAUGGGAAAGUAAUCGUAUGGGAUGCUUUCACUACCAACAAGGAGCAUGCUGUGACAAUGCCUUGCACCUGGGUGAUGGCCUGUGCCUACGCUCCCUCUGGCUGUGCAGUAGCUUGUGGGGGCUUGGACAACAAAUGCUCAGUGUAUCCUCUAUCCCUCGAUAAGAAUGAAAACUUGGCUGCAAAGAAGAAGUCAGUCGCCAUGCACACAAACUACUUGUCUGCCUGUAGCUUUACUAACUCAGAUAUGCAGAUCUUGACAUCCAGCGGAGAUGGGACGUGUGCAUUAUGGGAUGUGGAGAGUGGGCAGCUCUUGCAGAGUUUCCAUGGACACGCAGCCGACGUGCUCUGUCUGGAUCUGGCCCCUUCUGAGACUGGAAACACAUUUGUCUCAGGGGGCUGUGAUAAGAAGGCCAACGUAUGGGACAUGCGCUCGGGACAGUGCAUUCAGUCCUUUGAGACACAUGAAUCAGACAUCAACAGUGUUCGGUACUAUCCCAGUGGAGAUGCAUUUGCUUCCGGCUCAGAUGAUGCCACAUGUCGUCUGUAUGACUUGAGAGCAGACAGGGAAGUGGCUAUUUAUUCCAAAGAGAGCAUCAUAUUUGGUGUCUCCAGUGUUGAUUUCUCUCUCAGCGGUCGGCUACUGUUUGGUGGCUACAACGACUACACCAUAAAUGUAUGGGAUGUUCUCAAGGGGACACGGGUGUCUAUUCUAUUUGGACAUGAGAACCGUGUCAGCACGCUGCGUGUUUCCCCAGAUGGGACAGCUUUCUGCUCAGGGUCUUGGGACCACACUCUUCGGAUCUGGGCUUAAGGAUAAAGAUCCAGAAGACUCCACAGUAGAUAGACCUAGUUGAAGAGAUACAGAUGUUUCAGUUUGCUUGAGUACAAUCAUAGAGAUAGAGGUUCAGAUUAAGUUGUACAUAUUGCAUAACAGUGGCAUUGUAUAUACUCCAGUCUCAUGGUCAGGGUAGAUUUACAUGUUUGAGGCAGUAAUUAAACCAAAUGGCACACUUGUAUUACAAUAUGACUGAAAGAAAAUUGCACACAAGUAUUUAUGACGACAGUGUGAAAUGUAUAAUACAUAUUGCAGACAAUAACACAGGUGAUGAAUAGUAGGCUGUAGGAUAGCGGUGAAACAAUAAAGUGGUGUUAUGUUCCCGCACAAAGGACAUUCCUGUUUGUAUUUUGACUAUAUUACACCCCUUCCCUCUGAAGCAAAUAGGCCUAUUUCAUUCUUAAAAGCAAGUCACACAAUAUUAGUCUGUGGUGUUGGAAACAAAUUUAAAGGUAAAUAUAAAAUAAAUGAUGUUGCAUUUGCGUCCCUGUAACCUUGACAUUUGUUUUAUCUCUUAUCUCGGUUUGUUUCCGGCAGUGUAAUCCACUCUCUUGCUUGAUGUGCACAUUCUGUCACUUCAGACACCCCGACCCUGUGGUAUCCGACUAGAUAACUGAAUACAUAAUAAUAUGUGAAAACAUGUUUUCAAUUGUUAGAAUGUACUCCUUUUCAUGCAACUGUCUGAUGGCUGUAAUUUCAUAUUUAUUAUUGUAAUUAUUUUAUUGUAGUUUAGUGUACAUACCAGUAAUAUGAGGGACAGUUUAGCAAAUAUCACAUACAUAAAUAAACUGAGUUUUGAAUAUCA